CCCCUCCUUACAUCCCAUCUCCAAUGCCAAACUUUGAUGAAGAUCGCUCACGUCCUGGCAAAGCUGUUGUUGGAUUCCUGAAGAUUAAGGCAGCAUUGAGGUGGGGAUUCUUUAUAAGGAAAAAAGCAGCUGAGAGACAGGCACAAAUUGUUGAGUUAGAGGAAGUAGAAUAGUAGUCUGCUUCUCUUUUUUUUCUUUUUUUUUCUUUUUUUUGUGGGGGCCAACCCUCUCCUUGCAUGACUUCUUGUUAGGAUGCCACUAGAACUCCUUUAAUGCCUGCCAAAGCUGGGGGUUCUGAUCGUAGAAAUUACGGGUUUCAGACCCCCUGAAGAACUCUAAUCAGAUAUUGGGAAUAUCUUCUUGUACAGUUUCCUGUACAGAGUUGUUUCUUUAGUUUUCUUUCCUAGCAAUUUCAUCCUGUACUACCACUUUUCCCAUUGGUUUGUCUAUGAUGUCUGCAUUCGGUUCGACGAAUAAAUUAACUUCUAAAUG